AUAUUCAAUGCAUAUGCAGUGGUUGAUUUUUACUUACUCACCUGCUCGUGCAAGUUAAUAAAAGCUGUCUAUAGUUUAGUAAUCCAUUAACAUGGAGAAAUUAUUUUUUCUUUUUCUACUUAGUGGUGCAUUUUGUUUUCAUCUAGGUGAUAAUGACGAAGCACCAGAGGAUGUGGUAUUUGGUGAUUAUCCAGAUGCAAUGAAAAGUGGUAUUGUUGGAGGAGACUACAUCGAAAUAGAUGAAGCGCCUUACACGGCUCAAAUUCUCGAAAAUGGAAAACACAUAUGUGGAGCAGUAAUUAUUUCGGAAUAUUGGUUACUUACUGCUGCUCAUUGUGUAUCUAACAUUCAAACGCCAUCCAUUAUUACUGGAUCUAGUUUUCGACAGAGAGGAGGACACAACCAUACAAUUGCAAAAAUCAUUGUAAAUGAAAAAUUUGACUAUCAAUCAAUUGACAAUGACAUUGCUUUAGUCCAGGUUCAAGAACAUAUCGAUUUUAAUGAAUUGCAACAAGCCAUAGAAAUUUCCAAUAUUUCACCAAAAAUUGGUGAUCUCAUAGAGAUUGCCGGUUAUGGAGCAACUGGGCUAACAGAACCUGCGUCAGAAACUCUAAAAUCAGCUGUACUUCCGGUAGUAGAGCAGAAAGAGUGUUAUAAAGGAUAUGAUUUGGAACAUGAAGAACAUGCUCAUAACUUUCUCGAAAAUAUGUUCUGUGCUAGUGCAGAAGGCGCUGAUGCCUGCCAAGGUGAUGGUGGUGGCCCUGUUGUUUCACGCGGCAAAUUAGUCGGCAUUAUAUCUUUCGCUAUGGAUUGUGAAUUAUCAAAAACUUCUAGUAUUUACACAUUAGUAAGUAAUUAUCUUCAGUGGAUACAAGAUCAUACUGGAAUCAAACUUUUAGUAUAGAACUACUGUUUAAUUUAUUAAAUGCGUUUUUAUAUUGUACAGAUCAUAUUAUUUAUAUUGUUCCAAUUGUUUUGAAACCACGGGUUUUUUUCACAAUUUUUUGUACUUUAAUAAUAUAGUGUACGAAAAUUGAGAAUAAAAUUUUGCAAAUAAGUACAUUAUUAGCAAUAACUGCAUUUUUAAAAUACAAA